AUGUCGAUGCAAUUUAAGUUAUAUUGGUACAAUUGUCAGAAUGCUUAUAUAUUUUUGCAAAUUACUUGGAGAUUUAAUAUUUUAUCCGCUGUAUAUUUAUGUCGUGAUUUAAAAUUUGGACUUAAAUUGUAUACACAUAAUCCAUACUCAAAAAGUGCUUCGAAAUUUUGGAUUAAGAAUGCUACUUAUGUGGAAAAAAAUGGAGAAUUAUUUACGUUGUUUGUUAAUGCAGAACAAGAAGUUGAUAGGUCUUUAAUGUGCCAAGAAAUUUGGUUCGAUAAAACUCAAGACCUUUCUGAAUACCCGGUGAGAGUUGCUCUAUCUAAUCUCACCUACGAUUCAACUAUAGACGAGUCGACUGGGAAGUUCGUUAAAGUAGAAGCUUACAAAACUGGUCGGCAGUAUAUGAGCAUAAUUUGGAAAAAGUUAAAUGCUCGUAUGUACAGUGUCGAAUAUUUCUUAGAGGAGGAUUUUGGCGAAAUAGACGGCGAUGGAAUUGCAUCAGGUAUUAUUGGCGAUGUCUUACAUGGUAAAUUCGAAGCUCUGGGAUCUGAAGAUUACCAGCGUGGUCUCUGGAAGCUCGAAUCGCAAUUGAGUGCUAUGCUGGCAACGGACACGUCCUACAGAGAUCCUGAAACGGAUAUUUACGAUUUAUUAAAUAUGGGCUAUGACAUUCGUAUCAAUUCUGUCAUUGAAGAAGCUUAUCGUCACUUUCCUUUCCCAAGCAAAAAUCACUUUUUUGAUAAUCUAUUAGAGUGCUUACGAUUAAUGAAGACAAACAAUAUGAUUGCUUGCAUAGAAGAUUGCACUUUAAUCAAAUACGUCAUGCAACAGUCUGAAGAAGUGGACAUUCUGUACGAUAAAGAUUAUGAUAGAAAUGAUAUAGGCUAUAUUACAAAAGAACAGGCGUUACCAAAGUUAUGGGACUAUCGAUGGAGCGACUAA